CUGUCACUCAGUUGACAGUUAUGCAUCCGUCAAUUCCGUCAUUUUGCUGCAUUGGGCAAAAUUAUAAUUUUUAAGCUAAAUUUAGCUAAAAAUUUUUUAACAUUUGUGUUUUGUAAAGAUUAUGUCCGAUUCAGAGUUGCAAGCUCCUCCACCACCAAGUUUAAGAAGCUCAAAUGAUGGGGAUUGGACAUGUGAUGAUUGUGGUAAUGUAAAUUUUGCUAGAAGAAAUAACUGCAAUAGGUGUGAAAAGAGCAAAGCCCAUAGUGUAGCGGCUGCAAAGCGCAAAUUGGGUACUGAAAUAGGUAAAGCUGCAGCUGAAAAAAGUAAAGGACUUUUCAGUGCUGAUGACUGGCAAUGUAACAAAUGUGGUAACGUUAAUUGGGCCCGCAGACAGUCUUGUAAUGUUUGUAAUGCUCCCAAAUUCGGCGACGUUGAGGAAAGAACCGGAUUUGGAGGAGGGUAUAAUGACAGAGGUGUAGUUGAAUAUAAGGAACGGGAGGAUUCUGAUGAUGAAUAUGACGAAUUUGGUAGAAAGAAAAAGAGAAGGACUCUUUCAGAUUCUGAUAGCUAUAACAAAGAAGAAAUUAAGGAAAAAAAAGUUGUAGAAGAGGAGGACGAGGAAGAGGAUGAUGACGACGAUGAUGGAGAUUUGUCAAAGUAUGAUUUGUCAGAUUGGGGCGAUGUAGGUGAUUCUAAGAAGGAAAAAUCAAAGUCUAGAUCACGUUCUGGUUCUCCUAUCAGUAAAAAGUAAUUUUUCAUUGUUUGUUCUUAUUUGGAGUAAUAUGAAUAUGAAAAAUUUUAAAAUUAUUUUCGUGCUGGUCAUAAUUUAACUUUUUUAUUCAAUUGAAUUUUUACGAUUUGUCCUCUAAGACUGUUGAAAAGUGAUAGUCAAUGUAAUUUAGUGAAUGAUUUUUAGCAAAAUAUUUUGCUAUAAAAAAUGCUAAGUGUCUAAUAGUAUAUAGUAAUAUAAUGUGUCUAUAGUGUCUUAUUUAAAUGUUUUUUAAUAAAUUUUAUUGUCUUGACGGUAGAGGUUAAAAAUCUUCAAUUAAAUAAAAAACUAAUUUAAUUAUUUUUUAUCAAUUGUAUUGUUAAAAUAUUUCUUCUGAUGUUUUAUUGUGUGCAUGUUUUAAAAUUUAAUUCUGUUUCUAUCACUUUUCAUUAGCUAAAAUUUAAAUAUUGGUGUUAUUGUCUGUUACACAUUUUUUCAUAUUUUAUUAGUUUUUAACUUUGUCAGAACAAUCACUAGGAUUUUUUACUUUUUAUAAAUUAAGUAAUUUUUAUUGAACUAGGAUUUAUAGAAAAUUCUUAGCAGUUUUAAGAAAAAAAAAAUCAUUUUUAACUUUUGUAAAGAGUAUCUGAAGUAAGUAGAUGAUAAUGUCGUUUCUCAAGUAAGGUACCUAUUUAAAAAAUUUCUGAGAAUAUGUAUUUAGAAAUAUGUUUUGGCCGUUGAGCUAAAAACUUGUUUUUCAAUGCUGUACAUUUUCAUUUACUAACACAUUCAGAUACCUAAUAGAAAGAAGUUGGUGCUGUGAUUUACAUAAUUAUAAAAUCUUUGGAAUUGGAAAGUAAAUAGAAAUAUUACAAUUAUAUCAAAAAUUAGCUUUUAAUGGUAUUAUGAUGGGUUUGCCUCAAGUACUAUUUAAAAUAAUGGACAGGAUCUGUAUUUUUAAGACUUUUCCUUAUUUCUAGAACCAUUUUCUUUAUUUUAAAUAGAAUGACUACAGUUUUGUUCUAAAAUAGUUUGUAGUCUAGCAAACAAAUUAAGUUUGGCAGUGCUUACUAAAUAUAGAGCAUAUUUGUCAUGUUUCUCUGACUGAAUUCUAGUUUCUAAAAUUAAGAAAACUAGUCUUUAAUAUAUAAGAAAAUUAUAAAUCCUACAAUGUUAUAAAUUUUUUUAAAUUGAUCUUUUGUUGCAGUAGUAAACGUUUUGACCUCUGUAAGUGUAAAUUAUUCUUAGGGGUGGUUUUUAGAAAUAACAGAAAGACUUAAGGAAUUUUUAUUAUAAAAUAGGAUCUGAAUUGGUAGAACACAUUUGAUUAAUAUUUCUGUAUAGUCUUAAUUCAACAUUGUAUCGUUGUUCAAUGAAAAAACUUGAUAAUAAAAUAAUACUUCUUCAUCAGUAGUUUGUAGUUAUAUUUUCUCGUAAAUAUGAAAAAAAAAAAAGCAAUACUUUCAGUCUAAAACUCUGUAUUUUGUAAUACUGUAAAAAUCAUAAAAACAGUAUGUAAGAAAAUCGAGGAAAAGAAAAUUAUAUCUAUUAAUUCUUUUAUUUUGAUUUAUUAAAAAGUGAUGACUAAAUGAAAUUACAAAUGACUACAGUUUCCUUCUGGCAAAUAGCUUUCAGUCCAACUUGCUAAAUCUACUAUAUUUUGCAGUUUUAAAAGUAUCAAUGGGAUCAUAAUUUUUCAUACGCCUAGUUUUUGAGAUACAUGAUGUUGAAAGUGUGAAUUCUCAUAAUUUUCAAAAAUAAUAAUUUAAGAUGUAAACAUUAUGUUGCUGAUAAUCAUACUUGAAGCCACUUCAAAUCCUACACUUCCUCGAGAAAAUAGGGUUGGAAGGGUCGCUAUAGACAUUGAGUGCAUUGGCGACAGAAGGGGGCACAAUAGAUCUUUUAGGUCGCAGUGUAUUAACACCCCAUUCAUAACAUAACAUCAUACUAUUAGAAGUUACUGUUGAGUUUCUAAGAUAUUUGUGACUACCAGAAUAAAGUUCCAACCUUUUUGGAAAACAACUAUAUAAAGUGAGUAAUAUUUUAAUUUAAUGAAAAACUAUAUUUAAAAAGUUAAUUAUAAAGUCUAAAAUAAUGAGAAUAAAUGAAUUAUUUAUAUAUGCUGUAUAAAUGUUUGAAAAUGACACUUUAUUAUUUUAAAAAAUACAGGUAUAUGUGGCUAAUCAAAAAGUUGAUUCAGUGAGUGUUGUUAUUUUACAAUCUUUGUAUAUCCUAAUUUGUGCAAUAUAAUAUCCCGGACAUCACAUACAGGGAGAGUAAAAAAUAUACAAAAAUUGGCAUUUUUGACAAAACUCCAAAUUAAUUAUGAUUUUGAUAUAUGAAAACAACAGUGUUACCAAAUUUAUUUUCACAAUUAAUCCAUGUUCCUAUGAUUAGUUUUUUCUGUACGAGAUCAUUUUUAUUUUUGUAAGCUAACUUAGUAUUAGUAACAAUUUGUAAUGUAAUAAACGUUCUAAAAUUCGUAAAUUGUUUUUGAAACAAUGACCCAACACACAUGAACUAAUAAAUGUUGCUUGAAAUUAAUAUUUAAGUUAACUUACAAAAAAAUCAUCAGAAGACAGUAAUAAAACUGAUCCAACACUAAAAAAAAAAAAAAAAAAAAAAAAUAGUAAUAGGAUUAACUUGUGAAAAUAUACUUGUUA